AUGCUGCGCGGGUGGAAUCGGCGCAAGAGUGAGUCGCCCGCAGCGUCGACGCCGUCGCUGCAUCUUGCACUGCGCAAGUCGAGCGUCGUGCCGCUGCCCAUGCCUUCUUCCGAGCUCGCGCUUCAAUCGUCGACACUCGGUGCAUCGCCGUCGCAGGCCGCCAUGCGCACCAGCCCCGACCGGAUGAGUGCCAUGCGCCGCUUUAGCCGCGUGCUUCUCGGCCACGCAGAGGAGGCGGAGGCGCCACGACGCAAGUCGUCGCUGCGUGCGAUGGCAGACCUCUUUUCGGCCACGUCGUUUCGCAUACCGAAGACGGAGAUUGGUCAAGCCAGCUUUGUGGAGCACGGCCUGGAUGCAAGCCACGCCGAGAAGAGCUUGCUCAUCCUGACCGAUGGGUCCCUCGACGCCGAGCUGCCGUCUAUCGAGUUUGUAAAGGACCUUGUUUCGCACGUUGCGCUGCGUGUGCAGCCGUACCUCACGGGCGACGAGUUCCAGACAGAGGGCACGCCCGAGCAAAUCUCGCUCGCGAUCAAAGAGCACAUUCUGAGCGCCAUCCGGAACGUACGAGAUCUACCGACGUAUGCAGCGACGGACAAAGCCGCCGAGGCGUCGCUGAGCGUCGCCGUGAUCCAUCGCGGCAACAAGUCGGAGCCACCGCGGCUCUACUCGUUCACGAUCGGAGACGUCAAGACACUCGUCGUGCGCAACGAGCAGCUCGUGUUUGAAAGCGCGGCGCUCAUCCACGGCUUCAACACGCCGGCGUGCGUCGCGUCGCAGUCGAUCCAGAGCUUUGAGAGCGAAUGCCUCUACGAGUGCUUUCUCCUCGAGCCCAAGGACACGGUCAUGCUCCUCUCGGACGGCGUCGCUGACAACGUUUACGGCCACGAGAUCGUGGCGGCGCUUGAGAGCGAACCGACUGACAUGGAUGCGGCGGCCAACGCCAUUUUACAAGUGGCCAUUGCGAGCUUUGAGCACCCGCUGAACGGACACAGCCCCUUCUCGAUGGCUGCUAGCACCGAGUUGUACCGCCAGGUCGACACCGACCCGGCCAAGAUGGCGCAGUACGCCCACGUCAUCCAGAAGGACACCAACCUCAAGUUCAAUCCGCUCACACGCUUUGCGAGCACCUUUCUUGGCGAGCACUACGAGCUCGACAUUUUGGCCAUGCUCGCGAGCACCGAGGCUGGCCACAGCGACGACGCCACCGUCUUGCUUUGCACCGUAUGACCGCCGGCGCAAUAUAACUUGUAUGUAUUAUCGCCAG